AUGGUAAAAAUUAAAGUUAAUGUAUAUGAUCUUACAGCAUCCAACCGAGCAUUUCGCUGGCUCAAACUCGGAGUUUAUCAUUCUAGUGUAGUUUUGGAUGACAAAGAAGAGUAUUUUUACGGGUAUUUCGGUGAAAAAACAACAGGAGUUCAUUUAUCAGAAUGCUUAAAUAUGAUUCCUGAUUAUAUGGAAGGAGAAUUUUAUACUUCAUAUGAUAUUUGCGAUAUUUCACUUAGUUUCGAUGAAUGCAAAAAUAUUAUACAAAGUUUUAUGAAUUCAACAGAAUGGAUGAGUGAAUAUUACAAUUUCAUGUAUCAUAAUUGCAAUGAUUUCUCUCAUACUCUCUGCGAAACUCUUGUUGGAAUUGAAAAUAUGAAAAAUUAUCCAUAUUGGGUACUUCGAACACAAAAAAUUGCUCAUUUUGUAUACUCAAUAUCAUUUUCUCCCAUGCUCUUCCAUCUUUUAGGUCAAAUUGGCUUCGGAUUGCCAUUUGAACAAAAACAAUCAGCAGAACGACAACAUAAUCUCGAUGCAGAAAUAUAUUCGAAUUAUUACACUCAAAAUGAAAUUGAUUCUAUAAACGAAAGGACAGAUAUUAAACAAGAAUUAUUACCAAAGCAUACAAAGACGAAGCAAGCAAAAAUCAACUCCGAAAGCAAUUUAGAAAGCAUUGAAGACAAUUCUCGCUUGUAA